GCCACGUUGGUUUGUUUUGUGAUUCCUAGUGCUUAGUCUUGUUGCUUUCUUUCCUAUGUUGUUCGUUUCUUACUUCUGUACUGCUUCUUGUUCCGUCUGUGAAGCAUGCUGUUCAAAUCCUCGGAUCCGUGGCCACGCUCGCAUCACGACUUAUUAGAUCAUUACCACGCUCAGUACGACAAAGCUAUCGCAUCUGGGGAAUACCAACCUUUUUUAUAUCCGUGGGGGACCCUUGGUGCACUUUUUGUUAUUAUAUAUCUUCUCAUUCCGCAUCAGAAUCGGCCGUGGCUUGAGAAAGGACGAUACUUGGCAUUUGCAUGGAUUACAGGAUUUGCAACUUACAGUAACUUAUACACAAAGGCGAGAGCUGUAGCGCCAGCUUUGGGUAUCGGCCUGGUCAACGCAUGGAGUAUAGCAUGGGUUGGCGCCAUCAUAGUGUGCAACGAUGCACAGACAGACUUCAUGAGGAUUGAGAGGACCGAAGGCGUUUUCGGGUCAGAUCCACAUCGACAGAAAGAGAUGACCCAGCAGGAUGGAGUUUCCGACAAAGAUCAGGGUGUUAAGAAUCAGACCCUAAAAGACGACCUCGUCAACAGCUCCUCCGGGCCACGAGACCGUCACGGCCAAUACGCAUGGCAACCCUACCCCCUCCGCCCCUUCAUUGAGCGCCUAGACUGGGUGCUGGAUAUAUUCUGCAACUUCCGUGGCAUGGGCUGGAACUGGCGCAUCGCCGCCCUCCCACCACCCCCCAAACCCAUACAAACGCAACUCGACACCAACUCCAAGUCCACCGUACCAAAGCACACCUACAAAACCCACGCGGGCCAAGUAAAACAAUUCACAGAACGCGGAGAACUCCUCCGCCAAAACUCAUGGAGAUUAUUCAAAGGCUACCUAGUCCUCGACGCCCUAAAGACAACAAUGAUGUGGGAUCCCUAUUUCUGGGGCUGCAUGGACAGAGCACCACCAAGCCACCUCCCCUCAUGGCUUACAAGCAGUCCGGCACUAACACACACAUACCACCUCGUCCUCUCGAUGCUCGCCGUAAAAUACGCGCUCCAAACCGUCUUCGCCCUCGGCCCCCUCUUCUUCAACGGCCUCCUCUCCCCCUCGCUGCUCGGCGCCCGCGCGGAACCCUGGAUGUAUCCUGAGACGUGGGCGCCGUACAGCGUUGUCUUGGAGAAAGGGCUCGCGGGCUGGUGGGGGAAUUGGUGGCAUCAGACCUUUCGGUUUGGGUUCCAGGAACCUAGUCGGAAAAUUAUUGAGGUGGCGGGGUGGGAUAAGAGGAGUGUUGGUGCGAAGGCAUUGCAGCUUUUUGUUGCGUUUGCAUUGAGUGGGUAUGUGCAUGGUAGUGGAAGUUAUACUGCUAUAGGGGAGACGAGGCCGGUGAGGGGUCCGAUGGCGUUCUUCCUGCUGCAGGCUGUGGGGAUCUUUGUUGAAGCUGCGUUGACUCAAGCUGCGAAGUCGGCUGGACUGGAGAGUAAUCUGCCCAGUUGGCUGAAGCGAGGAUGGACGUUCCUGUACGUCCACGUAUGGUUUUAUUACACGGCCCAUCUUCUCUGCGACGACUUUGCUCAAGCGGGCGUUUGGCUCUUCGAACCCAUUCCUGUCUCUCUGUUCCGUGGACUGGGAUUCGGGCCUGAUGCAAGAGAUGGGUGGUGGUGUUGGAGCGGACAGCUCGUACGGUGGCAUCGUGGAGAUACUUGGUGGACAACUGGUAUCGCAUUUUAGAAGCUUCCACCAUCUCCUACGUGCAAGUCACACGUCGCAAAGCGCCUGGUAGAUUCCCUACAUACAGCACUGUAAAUCGACCUUCAAACCCAGGAGGAAUAGACCACAAUGUUCAAGGACGUAUGUCCUGUCUUCCCAUCGACCUGCCAAAGAGAAAAGAUUUGCAGUUUUCACUCCCCCAGUCACUGCGAAAGACCGGUUGCCUUGUCUUGCAUUAAGUGUUCAACCAACAUCCGUUUUCUCGAUUUCACAGGUCACUUCCACCUGCCAGCACAGUACACGUUACCUCUCACUCUACCCCCCACAACCUCACACUACCACAUACGCUCACUCCUCGUAUAGCUUUUGCCGUUGAAAACGUUCACGCAAAACGACGUACACCUUCUGAAGACAAUCUUACCGAAACCCGAUUCAAAAAAAAAUCGCCG